AUGUUGCCUCCACAGAAUUCGAUUACAGCGAUGAUAGCGAACCAGAGACCCUAUUUUGAAAAUAAACUAAACGUUGUCUAUUUUUCACAUGAGGGAGAAAAUGUAACCCUGAAAUGUGCGCCAAAAAAUUUCAAUGAAAACCAUCACUCAAUAUUGUGGUACCGCGAUGAAUUGCCCAUUACAAAUGGCAACAUUACCCUGGUGGUGGGCAACUACGAGGUGGACAACAAACACAGUCUAACCAUUUACAAUUAUACCAGCACAACUGUGGGCAAUUUCUCCUGUCAGGUGUUGCCCGGUGAAAUACGCCAGUAUGUGAAAAUCGAAUUGAAGGCCCCCGAAAAUAUCUCCGAGAUGAAUGGUGGUGGUGCUUCCCUGCUGAGUGGUAGUGUUGCCACUAUUAAUUCCAUAAUUAUGAUGCUAAUGGCCAUGUCGAUGUGGUAUUAA